AUCAAAAACCUCUUUUCUCCCCGCCCCUUUGCCUCUGGGUCAGUUAAAACACCAUGCUGGCCCAGUUCUGCCCCCUCCAUAAUGCCUCCACCCUAGACCCAGCGCCGGAGACUGGAAUAGCUCUGGGAAUGAUGUUUCCUUACAGAUGGUCCCGACCCAAAUCUGGAAGGUCCUUUUGAAGAGAUGGCCCUGGUGAAGGCCGGCUGGCUCUGGAGGCAGAGCACCAUCCUUCGAAGAUGGAAGCGGAACUGGUUUGUCCUGUGGAUGGAUGGCACCCUGGGCUACUACAAGGAUGACAGCCUCCAAGAGGAGGAAGAGCGAGUGCUGAUCAGAUACAAUUGCCGAGAGGUGAAGACUGGAGAGGAGUGCCCAGAGAUGCAGCUUCCUGAAGGCCAGACCCGGGAUGGACUCCUGAUAGUGUUCCUGAGGGAUGGCCCCCGCCUGACAUUGUGUGCUGAUUCCAAGGAUGAGGCUUUAGCAUGGAAGAUUACCAUUCUGGAAUACUCCACCCCGCGCCGGAGAAGGACACUGGGUUCUAUCCCUCGGUGGAGCUUCCAGGCUCAGCCUCGGGGCAGUUUCGUGGUCCGCACGUGGAACUCCAGGGUAGGGUGGCCCCUUAUUUGGGUAAGGAGACUGAUGGUGCGCAUCUAUGAUCCCUACGACGACUAUUACCAGAUUGUGCCACCCAAUGCCCAUGAUGCCACCUACAUCCGCACUGGGACUCCAUAUGGAGCUCCAGGAGUGACCCAUGUCAUCCUUCGUGACUCACCAUACUAUGGAAGAGAUACUGGGGGUGACAUAGCCAUGGGCAUGUUGGCUGGAGCUGCCACAGGUGCAGCAUUGGGUUCCCUCAUGUGGAUGCCCUGCUGGUUCUGAGACCACAUCCCCAGGAGCACCUUCUCCUUGAUGGUCCUGUCAUGACCUCCCUAGAAUCCUAAGGAUUGGGUUUUAUGGCCCCCUUCCCAUCAUUCCUUCAGCCUUAGCUCUGGCCAGCCUCUGGCUGUUUAUAGUCUGUCUAAUGCUCAUGCUCUUCUGUGCCCCCAUCUAGCAGAAUAGACUUAGGAUGCCUUGACCCUCAACUUGUCCCACUAUGACUAGCCUCCUCCCUAGCUUUGAAUAGAGGCCUGAGUGGUUCCUUCAUCUGUCCCCAUCACACACACGCGCGCGCGCACACACACACACACACACACACACACACACACACAAGGAUACACCCACAUAGACAGAUAUAUUUCUCCAGGGCAUAUAUAGAAAAGCCCCACUGGACAUCCUUCCAAAUCCAGCUAGAUUCACAAACCUGACCACCAGGAGCCAUAUUCCCAUCAUCCUCAGAGGUGCGGAGAAGUCCAGAUACUCACAAGCACAUACUUGUGGGCUCCUCCUCCCCAUUUCCCUUCUUCGCACACACGUGCCAGCUCCCCUUCUCUACACACAGACAUACCCUUCCCACCCUGGGAAUUGAACCAGAAACCUGCUUCUCUCCUGUACACUAAACACAAGUACAUUCUUGGCACAUAUACCCACCACACACAAAUACAGACGGCCGUCUCCCCACUCCCCUACAGACUGGCACACACAGUUCAAUGGAGGCAGAGAAUGGCCCACAGACACAUCUUCAUCCUACCACCUUGGGACUAGCUUCCUUCCCAUACAUAUAUGCAUUCUCCCACCCUCAGCCCUGCCCCUGCCAGCCAGGCCAAAGAAAAGAAUCUGAUUCUGACAGCCCUCAGGGUGGCCAGAAGAGAGAGGAACUCUCUCCAAAAGGAGGCCCCCUUCCCCCUGGGGCAUUUCCCCCCAAGGGGUGUCCCUGGUUGGCAGAUGAGCUCCAAAGGAAUGGCCAGGCCUGGAGGCUUAGUUUCAUUUGGCAAAGCAAGGAAUCUGGGAAGUAACUGAAGGAUGGCUAGCCUGUCCCAUAGGCUCUUAAGUACAGGGAGCCAGCACUGCAAAUAGGGAACUCCCCCUUUUCCUCCAGGGUGUGGGGAGGUGAAAGGAGCCUCUGGCUCCUUUGGAAGCUGGAGUACCUGCCUCUUAGUAACUAGAAUGGCUGCAUGGUCCUAGGUGCCUGGGGGUCAGGAAAGAUCUGCUUGAACCCUCUCAUCCCACCUAGGAAUGUUUAUUCAUAGACAAGUUAAAGGAAUCCAGGCUGUGGCAGAUUCCUGCCAGCAAGUACUUUGAGAGCCAUCCAGUAAAUGAGGGGUCAGUCAAUCAACUAGCAUCUAUUAAGCACCUACUAUGUGUCAGGCACAAUGCUAAGUGCUUGUUAGACUUCUGUUUGACCGGACCAAUGGGUGGAAGGAAGUCAGAGAGCCAGAAGAAGAUAAGGAAGACUUUGCUGACAGAGCUAUCCCAUAAGAGAUGAGGCUGCUUGGGAGGAAGUGAACUCGCUGUCAGUGGAGGUAUUCCAGGGUAGACUGGAUGACCUCAGAUUCAGGAGACUGAAAGAGAUUCCUGCCCUGGCAGGGAGGAUGGACUAGACACUCUCUAAAGGCCCUUAAGAGCUAUAGACAACAUGCUUCUGUGAAAAUGCCCUCCCUGUGGUGAGAGGGGAAGAACCCAGGCUUGAGGGUCCGCCCCUCAGCCCCCCCCCCCCCAGGUCUUCUCUUUUCUUGAGAUGAAGACAGACCCAUGGCACACAUCCUCGCCCCUCUCCCAAAUCACAACCGGGAGAGAGCUUGAGAUCUUCACACGAGUCAUUUUAUCCCCCCCCCCCCCAGGACACAGAAGUUGGUCUGAGGCUGGAGGUACCUUGCCAGAGCCCAGCCUAGCAAGCUUCUCCCAUAGGUGUCACCCACUCUGCAGAUUAGGGACUGUCCUUACUUAGAGUUGGCCCAGCACAAAAACUAGAAGGGGGAGAAAAUCCAGCCAGGCUUUAAAGGAAGUAGAGAGGGCCAGAUGCAAGUCUGUCCCAUCCAUCCUUCCUCUCUCUCUGCCUGUUCUUUGUACCUACAACCCCACCAUUAGAGUUUUGUUCCUCCGGUUAAUCACUGUCCUUACUAGGCUGCCCUUUAUGCGUAAAUGCCCUCCAAGAUGGGUUUCUUUUAGGCUUCAGGCUCUCAGAAGAAAAGAGUCAUAUCAGAUUUAGAGGCUGAGGUUUUCAGGAAGAGGAAGCAAAGGGCACUGAAUUCAAACCUCACUGACUUCACACUUUCACUAAUGGAAAAAAAGGUCAUGCAAAAAGUCAAAAGACCUUCAUUUCGAGUCCCAGGUUUGUCCUCAACUUCUUUUUUGACAGAACGAUUUCCUCCUCCUCCCUUAGCCUUAGUUUCCUCAUCUGUAACCCUAGAGGGUUGUGGGGGAAGGUUUUGAGUUCUAGGUCCAGAGUUCUAGGAGGCCUGGCCAUGUUUCCCCCAGCUGGUCAUUGUCCCCUCUCCCACUGGUAGCUCCCUGCCUGGGGCUCUGCAUAUCCAUUCUGGCUAAGUGGUGGCGGCUGCUGUCUAGACUCUCAUGUUCUGUCCUAUGUAGACUGGAGCCCAGAAAGCUCCAGGAUUCUAUUAAUAAACGCAGCUGUUAUACUGUU